ACUUCGCUAUAAAUAGCCGCUCGAGCUUCAUCCCUGUUCCCCCUCACGAUCCUCUUGUAGCGAUGGCGCUGGAGACGCUGCGGCUGAGGAAGGGCGGGUUCGCCGCCGCCGCCGCCGAGAACAAGGGAUCGACGGCGGUGCUUGGUGGCGAGGUGACGGAGACGCACUUCCGAGGGGUGAGGAAGCGGCCGUGGGGGCGGUUCGCGGCGGAGAUCCGGGACCCGUGGAAGAAGACGCGCAAGUGGCUAGGGACCUUCGACACGGCGGAGGAGGCGGCGCGAGCCUACGACGAGGCCGCCCGCAGCCUCCGUGGGCCCAAGGCGAAAACCAACUUCGGUUGCCCCGGCGACCACGGGAUCCAGUCCUCCGGGCCGCAGAUCAGUUGGGGGGCGGUGCCACGGUGGCGAUCGGCGCUGGAUGGGCGCGAUCUGACCAUCGGCCCUCCGCCGGCUCUGGCGGGCGGCGGAUCUGGGUGCUUGGGGUACCGUUUGGGAACGGUUGAGGUGGCAACGAGGGGAGACCAGGAGAUGGAGAAGGCGCUGGGGGCGGCCAUGGGGAGGAAGGUGGAAGACGAGGCGGAGGCGGCGAAGCAGAAGCAGCCCUUCUCCUUUGAUCUAAAUCUACCCGCUCCUCUCUUCUGAGAUAGAUCCGACGGCCCAUCUCGCCCUUCUCCUCUUUUUAACCGUUUGGUUUUUUUUAUUUUUAUUUUUGUAACCCUUUUUCUCGGGUUUGUACAGUUCUUAUCAAUUUAUUUACGAGAAAAGGAGAAAAUGGGGCUACUUUUGCGGGCU